AUGGAAUCAAUCAACCACCCCGGCGUAGAGCCUAUCGCCAUCGUCGGAAUGGCCUGCAGGCUCCCUCCGGCCAUUUCUACUUUGGGGGAGUUUUGGAGCUUUUGUGCUCACGGAAAAAGUGCCUGGACUGAGAAUCCCGACGGCCGUUUUGAGAAUGCAGCCUUUUGGAACAAGAAUUCGGACCGAAAGGGAAAGAUUAACAACAAAGGAGGGCAUUACUUGAGCCACAACCUUGCCCAUUUCGAUGCUCCAUUUUUCCGCAUUACCGCCAACGAAGCAAAGGCUAUGGACCCGCAGCAACGAUUUCUCCUUGAGAUCACCUACGAAGCGUUGGAGAAUGGCGGCUUUCCAAUGGAGGAAAUGGCCGGUAAGAAUGUUGCAGUCUUUGCAGCUAACUCAUUCUCGGACUACUUGCACGGUAUCACACGGGAUCCCGAGACUGCACCCACCUUUGCAAUGACUGGCUGUGACCCCUGCAUGAUUGCCAAUCGAGUGUCCCAUUUUUUCGAUUUCCGCGGUCCUAGCAUUACCAUUGAUACUGCAUGCUCCUCUGGCUUGACUGCUAUCCACUUGGCCUGUCAAAGUCUUCGUUCGGGAGAUGCACCUUAUGCCAUCGUGACCGCUGCACAUCUGAAUAUCUAUCCUCAGAGUACUAUUAUAUACUCUAUAUCCCAGCUUCUUUCUCCCGACGGAAAGUGUUACGCGUUCGACGACCGGGCAACAGGGGGAUUCGGUCGAGGAGAGGGAGCCGCAUCAUUGGUGCUUAAACCCCUCAGCGCGGCUAUCGAAGCAGGCGACCAUAUCUAUACUGUCAUUAAGAACACAGGUGUUAACCAGGAUGGCCGGACAAAUGCUGGACUCACUGUGCCAAGUGGCGAAGCCCAAGAGAGCUUGAUUCGAUCCGUGUACGCCUCCUGUGGCCUCGACCCAUCCCAAACUCGGUAUGUGGAGGCUCAUGGAACUGGAACUUCCAUCGGUGAUCCAAUCGAGGUGCAAGCUAUUGCCAAUAUUUUCGGCAAACAGGGCACCGGGUUAGAGCCAACCUUUAUCGGAUCAGCAAAGUCAAACUUCGGCCAUCUAGAAGGGGUCAGUGGCAUAGUAUCGGUUAUAAAGACUGCGAUGAUGCUUGAGAAGGGAAUGCUGUUGCCCAACACCAACUUCACUCAUCCGAAUCCCAAACUACACCUGGAAGAGAACAACCUCCAAGUGCUCACUGUGACAAAGCCCUGGCCCAAGUCUGGAGUUCGCAGGGCAUCUGUCAAUAAUUUUGGUAUUGGCGGCUCUAACUCGCAUGGUAUCUUUGAGCAGGCACCACCAAGGCCUAGCCAAAAGCCGUCGAACUGCUCGUAUAUUUUCGCCCUCUCAGCCAAUUCCGAAUACUCAAAUCGAACUCAGCUGAGCCAGUUGUCGACCUAUGUGCGAAAAAAUCCCCUAUUUCUUAACCAUACCAUCAUGGAAGAUCUAGCUCUUACACUCUCGACGCGAAGAUCUCUGCUACCUUGGAAGACCGUCGUCACGGCAAACAGUCAUACCCAGCUUAUCGAGAAGCUAAGUGCAGAGUCUACGAUUUCAAUGCGUUCGACCAAGCGACCAUUGGUGGGCCUAGUCUUCACCGGCCAAGGUGCCCACUGGCCACGGAUGGGCCAAGAACUUGUCUCUUACCCCGUCUUUGCAAAAUCCCUACAGAAAUCGCAAGCCAUACUUUUGGAGCAAAGAGCCGCCUGGAAACUGCAAGAUGAACUGUUUAGAAACCCGGAAGACUCCCAGCUUGGUGUCCCGCAGAUCAGCCAGGUCGCCUGCUGCGCCAUACAAAUUGCUCUGGUGGACUUGUUACGUUCAUGGGGACUGGAUAUUACCGCUGUGGUCGGCCAUUCUAGCGGCGAAAUCGCGGCUGGUUAUGCAGCCGGCCUCUUAUCUGCUGCCAUAUGUAUCAAGGUGGCAUAUCAUCGUGGAAUGGCAGCAGUGGAGAUGAAAGAGAAACUUCCAAAUGUAAAGGGGUCAAUGAUUGCCGUGGGAUGCAGCGAGGCUGUGUUACAGCCCCUACUGGGUUCUCUGUGGUGCGGUUUGGCCACCAUCGCGUGUAAGAACAGCCCCUCCAGCUUUACGGUAUCUGGUGACCGCACCGCAAUUGAGGAGCUUCAUGCCUUGUGCGAUGCCCAGAAUAUUUUCAACCGUAUUUUGAACGUUGAUAUCCCCUAUCACUCAACCUACAUGGGUUUCGUUGCCGAAAGUUACCUCGCGGCCCUGGGCGACAUCGAUUGUGUCGAGAGUCCAAUCAAAUUCUUUUCCUCAACCGAGGGCAGCCUGUUUGAAGAGCCAAAGCUUGAUAAUUGCUACUGGACGAGCAAUAUGACUGGCAAAGUCCUCUUUUCGGACUCGCUCUCGGCCAUGUGUCAUUAUACUGAGUCAAUUGACGGCGAGAAGCGGGGAAUCGAUAUCCUUGUGGAAGUUGGUCCCCAUGCAGCCCUCAAAGGUCCUGUUUCUCAAGUGUUGAAAGGUAUUGCAAAGGACCAGGAUAUUGGAUACUUCCCAACACUAGUCAAGGGCAAGAACGGGAUCCAUACCAUGCAUGAACUGGCAGCCUCGUUAUUCCUGAAGGGAUACCCCGUCGACCUGGAGAAAGUAAAUUUUGGUAACAGCCCAAAUUUAUCCAAGCAGUUCGCUGUUUUGGGGGAUCUUCCGUCUUAUCCGUGGAAGCACGAGGAAGAAUACUGGCAUGAGUCGCGAAUCAACAAGUUCUACCGCACAAACAAGAUGCCCUAUAAUGAUUUACUGGGAUCAUUUGCUACGGAUUUCAACAGCCUGGAGCCUCGAUGGAGGAACAUCAUUCGCCUAGAUGACCUACCAUGGCUUCGCAAUCAUCGUGUGCAGUCGGAAGUAGUCUUCCCUAUGGCCGGCUACGUUUCAAUGGCGAUUGAGGCCGCAUCGCAAUAUAACCUGCUCCAGGGGAAGACUCAUGGCGCAUCAUACAUCCUCCAAGAGGUGUUGGUCAAACACCCGUUGAUACUUUCGGAGAUGGCCGAGUAUGAUAUAACCCUGUCGCUUCGCCCAUGUAUCAUUGGACCUCAAACUCAGUCAACAAAGUGGUACGAGUUUGCCAUAUUCUCAUGCACCGGAGAUUCAGAGUUUGAGGAACGUUGCAGAGGCAAAAUCUGCGUUUCAGACAGGCCUCAGGUUGGGGUCGAAAGUAGCCAUAUUUCCCCGGACGGCUUUACCGGAGUCGAACUGGAUAACACUACCUUUUAUACAGCAGUCAAGAAUACCGGUGUUGAGUAUGAUGCUUUACUUCGGGGCCUAUAUGAUAUCAAAGCUACUGGCUGUGAAGUUAUUGCAAAACUGAGGAUUCCAGACACCGCCAAGAUCAUGCCCUCUAUGUGCGAGAGUGCGUAUGUGAUGCAUCCAGCGACAGUCGAUAUCCUGAUGCAGACUGCUUUAGUCCUUUCAUACUCGAAGUCUGGGGGGCUAGACAGACUCUACACCCCCCGCUAUAUUGAGGAAAUUGAGGUCCAACCUCUUCCCAUUCUGCCAGUAGGCGAGGAUUUCGCUAUCAGCGGGAUCAUUUCGAACCCUUCUCUAGAAACUCCGAUAUUUUCUCUGUCUGCGCAACAUGGCCUUGGAACUUGUAUCUCUGUCAAAGGCCUGCAAUGUCGAGGACAACUUUUACCGGAAGUUUCCUCGACCGUGACCGAUUUCUGUCAUAAGAUCGAAUGGAUGCCCUGGGUGGACAUUCUCUCGGGCGAUGAACUAUGCCGCGUUUUUCAAGUGUCAAGUGAAGGUGCUGCUGACGAGCAAUCGCGUAUCAGACUACUCAAGAAUGUUUCAUUGUACUACAUGCACAAGGCACUGGAACAGCUCGAGGAUUAUGGCGCGUCACGACACAUGAAAAUGUAUCGCUGGAUGAAAGAAAAGGUUCACGAGCAAUGGAACGAUACCAUAGAUAACCAACAGUCCCAGGAGCUUAUACAAAAUGCACGCCAAGUUGGGUCCGUUGGAAUAUUCCUUUGCCGGAUGGGCGAAAACCUCGCCCAGAUCAUUCGCGAAGAAGUGGAGCCUCUCAGCCUGAUGCUGGAAGAUGACUUACUCACGAGCUACUACGAAAACUUGGAGCCCCUGAAGAACCGUCUGUAUCCUGCAGCGGCAUCGAUCGUUGCUUCCUUGGCUCACCAGAAUCCAAACAUGCGCAUCUUAGAGAUUGGGGCUGGAACGGGAGGAGCAACGUUGCCCAUUCUACAGGCUCUCGGUGAGCCAGAAGCAGCCGGUCAGACUCUCUUUGAAACCUAUGUUUUCACUGACGUGAGUGCCGGGUUCUUUGAAAAAUCCAAGAUCAAGCUCCAGGCAUGGAAGCAGGUGUUGGACUUUCGAGUUCUGGACAUCGAAGCCUCACCGGGGGGCCAGGGCCUGAUAGAAGGGACCUACGAUCUGAUCAUCGCGGCCAAUGUCCUACACGCAACGGUCAAUAUGUCGAACACGAUGACGAACGUUCACUCUCUUCUCAGACCCGGCGGUAAGCUACUUUUGCUGGAGAUCACGAGCCCAAGCCUCGCAUCAUUUCCCUUUGCGACAUUGCCCGGCUGGUGGCUUGGAGAAGAGGAAUUCCGUCAAGAUGGGCCGACACUUUCCUCCAUGACCUGGGACAGCGUUCUACGAUCGAGAGGUUUCUCUGGUAUCCAGGCAGAGCUUUAUGAUUACCCCGACACCCUCGAGCAAGAAUCUAGCUUGAUUGUGAGUUCGGCAACAGCACCUGACCAGUGGAGCCCAAGCGAUGACCUUACCAUUGCCACGAGCGGCUCCUCAAAGGGCCUUGCAGAAGCGCUCAAGACCAGUCUAGCAGAAUCCCUACAAAUUACCGUACAUGUCAGGACACUCGAGGCCAUUGCCACCGAACACAAUACUUCGAAGAGCUACAUUGUAUUAGAGGACUUUGACGCUCCUCUUCUGCACAGUAUAAGCAAGCUUCAAUAUUGGGGCCUCCAGCGCAUCUGCGAGGCGGACAGAAAUCUGUGGGUGGUAGCCGGAGCCAACCAGGAAUCUGUAAACCCGAAGGCGGGCAUGACCUUGGGGCUCGCCCGAAGUAUUCGGGAGGAAAACCACCAUCAGAAGCUAGUGGUAUUGGAUCUAGAUCUCAAGAACCGGCUCCCAAAUGCCGAAGCAGCUGCAAUGAUUCUCCGCGUCUUUUCACAUUCAUUUGUCAAGCCGGAUGCACCUCUGGCAGAGCUCGAGCUCUCUGAAAGAAACGGGGUCAUUCACAUUCCACGAUACAAGCCGGACAGUGGAAUGAACCAAUUAAUUACCGAUACCCGGGAGCAAUUUUCACCGAGGUCUCAAACCGGCUGGGAUAGUGGACAGUUACUUAAGAUGCAGGUACAAGCACCGGGGAGCUCCCAAAGUCUCACAUUUGUUGAUAAUGGACUAUUACUACCGGCCAUCCAUGACUUGGAUAUCGAAAUCGAGGUCAAGGCUAGUGGUGUCAGCUUUCAAGACGUCCUAAUCAAGAACGGCAAAGUUAUUGGAGACCUUGGCUACGAAUGCAGCGGUGUUAUCACAGCUACCGGGCUCGAGGUCAAGGAUCUAGCCGUUGGCGAUCGUGUUUGCGCUUUGACACGAGGCACAUAUGCAUCUAUCGUACGCUGUCCUUCGAUCCGGGUUGUCAAGUUUCCCGACUCAAUGACAUACACAACCGCAGCCGCCAUCCCAAUGGCCUUUGUCACGGCCUAUUACUCUGUGGUAACGGUCAGUCACCUCAAGGGAGGCGAAAAGAUCCUCAUUCAUCAGGCUGCAGGAGGUGUGGGUCAAAUGGCCGUGAGAAUCGCGCAGUAUAUUGGUGCCGAGGUCUAUGUGACGGUAGGUUCUGCCAAGAAGAAAGAAGAAAUCGCAGACAAUCUCCAGAUUCCAUUCGAUCACAUCUUCUGCGGGGGUCAAAUCUCAUCGGGGGGAUAUGAUGUCGUCGUGAAUACCCGAUCCAAUGAAGCGUUGAAUGUGUCGUGGAAGUGCCUGGGGCCGCAUGGGAGAUUUGUGAAUCUUGCCCUCGCAGAUAUAUUGGAUGACAACCAUCUUUCUAUGAGACCGUUCAACACAGGCGCAUCCUUCUUCUCGGUAAACCUGGAGUCCCUGAUGAAGGAAAAGCCUCAGAUGCUGCACGAUAUUUUGAUCCGGGGAAUUGAUUGGUACGCUACUGGGGUGAUCAAGUCAGCGAUGUCGCCAAAGUGCUACCCCAUUGGAGCGAUAGAAGAUGCCUUCGAUCAUCUCAGUCAGGGUGACUCGAUUGGGAAGUUAGUCAUUGACCUCUCAUUGUCGGGUCCAGUCUCGGUGGCUGUCGAUGAGUCAAGUGUGCCGUUGUUUAUGCCCGAUGAGUCCUACCUUGUCGUCGGCGACAGCGGUAAAGUUGGACGUAGCAUCAUCCAGUGGAUAAGCCGCAGAGGGGCCAAAAACAUCAUCAUCAUGACUCCCAGCGGGCUAGAAUUGCCAAAAGUCCGCGAGCUGGAGUUGGAGAUGCAACUGAAAGGAAUACGACUGGCGGUGUUCCAAGGUAAUGUUGCGGAUGCCAGCAGCCUGGAACAUGUUAUCCAGGAGAGUGCAAAGAUUGUUCCACCCAUAAGAGGUGUCAUCUACAGCGAUAUGGUGUUUAAAACCAUGUUAUUCGAGACCAUGCCCUUUGACAAUUAUUGCACGGUGGUCAGUCCCAAGGUCCAGGGUGCAUGGAACUUGCAUCAGCGGUUCAGUGAUCCCCAGAGUCUUAAGUUCUUCAUCAUCAUCUCAUCCAUUACUGGUAUUGUUGGGUCCCCAACCCACGCCGCAUACAGUACUGUAACAACCUAUUUGGGCUCACUGGCACGAAUGCGGAAAGCUCAAGGCCUCCCUGCUGUCUCCAUCGACUUGGGCCCAGUGAUUAAAGUUGAAGAUAUUGCCGAGCAGAGCAGUCGACAGCGAAUCAUCGACAAAGACUGGGGCGAUGAGGGUCUCACCGACAUGGAUGUCAAUGACAUUCUGGAUACGGUAAUCAGUGGGCAAUAUGAUCCCAGCUGGGAUGCCGAAUGCUAUACCUGCUUGCUUCCGUCCCCUUCCCGUACUCCUUUCUGGUUUGCAGAUAGUCGAUUUAUCCAUUGCCGGCAUCCAGGCCUUAUGGGAGAACAGGGCAUCGAGAACAUUAAUGACAAACUGGUCAUACCGCUAGCCCAGUUGUUGUCCAAGAGUCAGUCUGCCGAGGACGACCGAUGGAUUAUUUACGAGGCUAUCGUGGGGAAGUUUGUCUCGGUCUUGUCGCUACACCCGGAUGAUAUUGUACCCUCGAAUCCCCCCAGUACGUAUGGGGUGGACUCCUUGGUGGCUGGCGAAAUCCGCAAUUGGAUUGCGCGUGAAAUGAAGGCGAGUCUGAGUUUAUCAGAGCUUAUGAGCAGUGCUUCCUUUGUGGACUUGUCCGACACCAUCACUCAGCGGUAUCGGGUCGCCAUGGCGGCCUGA